AUGGCAAAAUUUGACUGGGAGUUAACAAUAAAGGCAAAUAUCGUAUCCAUGAAGUUGCUAGGACUCUGGCCUAAAAGUGUUAAAGGAUAUAGGCGAGAUUUGUAUUCAGUAUAUUCAUUAUUGUCUUUAAACCUACUGAUCAACGGCCACGUCUUCUUUCAAACACUGAACAUCUUUUUCGUUUACACCGACAUAGCAGCUGUGACAGCCAUAAUAUUUGUCAUAUUAACGGAAAUACUAACCGCCGUUAAGGUCUAUUAUUUUGUACGCAACAUGAAGCAAUUGAAACAAAUAAUGGAAACGUUAAAAGAAGAAUCUUUUUUACCGGACACGCAACAGAAGAUUUUAGUUCAACCGGGCUUAAACUUGUGGAAAUUCACAUACAUAGUGUACCAUUUUCCCGUUCUUCCUACUUUAACAGCGUGGGCUAUUUAUCCCAUCACAGAUGGUUCGGUCCAAGAAUACAGAUUACCAUUUUCGGCCUGGUAUCCUUUUAAUACCAAAAUUUCGCCCUAUUAUGAACUCACAUACGUAUACCAAAUUGUGAGCGUCUGGUUUCUUGCAAUCGCCUGUUUAAAUAUGGACACUCUAGUGGCAGCACUGAUGAUGUAUGUCAGCAGACAGUGCGAAAUUUUGUGUGAUCGUGUGAAAAAUUUGGGCAGCGAAGGUGUCGAUAAAUAUGGCCAACGUCUACUAGAAUGUAUAAUCCACCAUAAAAAAAUCCUGAGCUUUUCUACUGACUGUAACAAAUUUUUCGACAAAAUUGUUCUUGGGCAAUUUAUCACGAGCGCGUUGACUUUGGCACUCACCAUGUUUCAGCUUACUUUGGUGGCACCACUUAGUAGCGAAAGCUAUUCUCUGCUCUUCUACUCGUUUUCAAUGACGACUGAAAUUUUUCUGUAUUGUUGGUUUGGAAAUGAAGUUGAGCUUAAGGUGAGUAAAAUUUUCAAUUUUCUCGGAAUUUCUGGCUUCGUAAAAUGUGUUCGGAGCUAA